UGGUUCCUCCAUCCGCUUGUACUUUAUAUUAACCACAUGUAUAAAUACUUCAUUUUCUUACCUUAUUACUUUCAUUCAUUUUUGAGCAAUCAUUUUCUCUUUCCUCUUUCCAAAAACAAAAAAAAAAGAAAACCUUUUUUCUCUCUCUCUACUCUCCAUUAUGGGUUUUCCAGCACAAAACAACUCAUACAAGUUCCUGAUUUACGGUAAAACUGGUUGGAUUGGUGGCAUACUUGGUAAGCUUUGUGAAGCUCAAGGUAUUGAAUACGCAUACGGGUCGGGUCGACUUGAGAAUCGGAGCUCGUUGGAGUCGGAUAUCGCUGAUUUCAACCCGACCCAUGUAUUCAAUGCGGCGGGGGUAACGGGUCGGCCGAAUGUGGAUUGGUGUGAAUCACAUAAGGUGGAGACAAUUAGAACUAACGUUGUUGGUACGUUGACGCUUGCGGAUGUGUGUAGAGAGAAAGGGUUGAUCCUUAUUAAUUAUGCAACUGGUUGUAUUUUUGAAUAUGAUUCGAAUCAUGAGUUGGGGUCAGGUGUUGGAUUUAAAGAAGAGGAUACUCCUAAUUUUAUUGGAUCUUUUUAUUCAAAGACUAAAGCUAUGGUGGAGGAAUUGCUGAAAAACUAUGACAAUGUCUGUACAUUACGAGUCAGAAUGCCCAUCUCUUCGGACUUGACCAACCCCCGAAACUUCAUCACCAAGAUCACUCGAUACGAGAAGGUAGUCAACAUCCCAAACUCGAUGACAAUCUUGGACGAGCUUCUCCCUAUUUCCAUCGAGAUGGCAAAGAGAAACCUCACUGGCAUAUGGAACUUCACAAAUCCUGGAGUUGUUAGCCAUAACGAGAUCCUGGAGAUGUACUGUGAGUAUAUUGACCCGAGCUUCUGCUGGAAGAACUUCACAAUCGAGGAGCAAGCGAAGGUCAUCAUCGCUCCACGAAGCAACAACGAGCUCGAUGCUUCGAAAUUGAGCAAGGAAUUCCCUGAAAUGAAGUCCAUCAAGGAGUCCCUCAUUGAGAAUGUGUUCAAGCCAAAUAGGAAGACACCAGUAGCUUGAAAACUUGGAGAAAAAAAAUUCCAAAUUUUUAUAUGCUCUUAUCUUGUUCAAUUAUCCAAACUUUGGCUUGUUUUUUCUAUCUUUAUUUUAUGAUUUUCAGUUUUUUUGGAAAGCAUCCCUAUCAUAGGACCUGCACCUUUCCACUGCCUCUUUUCUCUGUCUUUUCUUUUUCCUUUAUUGUUGUAUUGAAUGUUGUAAUGGUAUUAAUUUCAUUAUGAAUAAAAUUGAAAAAUGAUAUGCAAAUUUGAUGAUA